GUUGAACCGAUCAUCUGUGGUUGCACUGUGGCCCACCUACCACAGACCUGCAACAGCAUAUGCAUGUCUACAGUAUUGGCCUUUGUUGUAACUGCCCUAUUCGCAACGGUCGGCUCGUCUUCUAGCCAGACGUUCUACAGUUUUAGCUUUCCGACGUUGUACUCUUAAACCUGACGAUCUUCCCGCGCAUUGAUCGGACCCUCUUGUUCGUGCUCUUUCAUAAAGGACAAACCGGCACCCUAGGCAAGAUCGCAGCCUUUCGGCCCUCUUUCAUCGGUAUACCUGCAGAUCUUACCCUCCUUCGAAGCACGACGAUCACCGUCAACAUGCCUGCGUGGACAGAAGGCUUCGAGAAGCAUAUGAAGAGGCAAGGGCCUGCCCCUCCGCCCAUGCCAACGCCUGAGGAGAUUGCAUUUACCAAUGCCCCCGCCAUUAUCGCCCAAGUCACGCCCUUUUUCGCCGUCGCUGCCACAGUUGUUCUCCUACGAUGCUACGUCCGCUUGUUUCAUCUGAAGGUCUUUGGCAUCGAUGACUAUGUCAUGGUCUUCGCGAUGUUGUUGGCGGCUGGAACAUACGCUUGCUUCAUCAUUGAAUGCCAUUAUGGACUCGGAAAGCACUUCAUGGUCAUGCUUCUCAUGAAUCCAGCGUCAUAUACCAUGUUUGCCAAAGUACUUUACGUCCACUCCAUCCUAGUCAUGGUCGCGAUAUCGGCCGUCAAAGUCUCCAUUGCGUUCUUCUUAGUACGACUAUCGACUCGGGCCGGUCUUUACACUCGAUUUAUAUAUGGCGUGGUUGGAUUCAUCAUACUCAUGACUAUAGCAUGCAUGAUGACCCUUAUUUUCCAAUGCUUCCCUGUUGAAGCUGCUUGGGAUUCGAGUUUACGACCGCCUCCCAUGGGCACCGGUACGGCCAAGUGCUACAACAUGACCAUCUUCCGCAACUUAGGUCUUAUGAACAGCUCCUUUAACAUUGUUACUGACGUGCUGUUUGCAACACUCCCAAUUCCCCUCAUCUGGCAACUUCAACUAAACAGACGAACAAAGAUCUCACUUGUUGCAGUGUUGUCUCUUGGUUGGUUCGCAUGUGCCGCUGGCAUUAUCAAAGCUGUGCAACAAUGGCAUGUCCUCGAAGAUCCCGACUGGACGGUGAACGACUCUUUCAAUAUUUGGAACUUCAUCGAGCUUACGAUCGGUAUCAUUGCCGCAUCUCUGCCGUCUCUCAAGCCAUUGUUCAACUGGUUCCUCGACGGAGUGCGAGCCAUCACUUCCGGUGGACGUUCUAAGGGCUCGGGCUACAAGAUGUCAGGAUAUAAGGGAGCAAAUUCACUCGGUUAUCACAAGACAGAAGAGGUUUCCAAUAAGAGCAUUGCCUUGAACAGCAUCACGACUAAAGGGGAUACAACGCCAAAGAGUCCUUACAAUGUCAGGAUCACAACAAAUGCAACGGGACUGGCAGAUAAAGAGGCUUGGGAUAUGGUGCGCGCCAAUUCGGGCAGUGACGAGUCGAUUCUUCCUCUACAACACCCAGAUGCUGGUGCACACGGCAUCGUCAUAACAAGAGACGUUCGGAUUUCAUGAACACAUGUACUCAUUUGCAACCUGUACCACAUUCAUCAAAAGGAAAAUCGGUGUUUGGAGUUGCGUUAAUGCUGGGUCUUGGUGUGCGAUCAACCACAUACUAUUGUAUUGCUGUCUCAAUCACGGACCGGAUACCCCUUCGCGUGCAUAUAAAUUUUAGAACUUCAUGAUCCCUUCAACAUUCAAUCC